UUGAAAUUUAGGGUUAAAGAAUGGCUAACAUAUUAUGUUAAUAUUCAUUUUUCUUGUGAAUACAAACAAGAAAAGGGAAGGUAAUAUCAUACGUUUUGGGUGAGGAGGCACCGUACGUGCGGUUGUCCGUCCGUAUCUCCUUUUCGUCCGUGAUGCCCACAGGCCUCUCUCUUUUGCCUUUCAGUGUCGCCUCUGCUCUUCACCAUUAACUCUCUGCCUUCCCAUCUUCCCAAACCUUCUUCACAUGGAAGCUUUGCCCUCCCUCACUUUCCUCGCUUCGAUCCUUCUUUUAACUCGGUAUGAUCAUUCAUUUCCUAUUCUUCUUGUUCUUCUUCAUGUUUGUUCUUUUAAUCCACGAGACUCUUCCAACCCAUUUCCUUUUUCUUUGUUGUUAUGCUUGAUUUGAUUUGAUCUCCUUUUUGCUGCUGUUUUAUUGUUUUUGCUUCCCUUUUGCAAAUGGAUCAUAAAAGUAGUUGUUGUCUGUUGUUUAUGUAUAUGAAAUUGGCGUUUAAUUUGGAAGGUAGAAAUGGAACUACUGAAGUUCAAUGGAUGAGAGUGGUGGAACAGCAAGAGCUUGAUUCAAGUUACUGUAAGCAUUUGUAUGUUCAUAAGCUGAGAGUUUGAAGGAAGGGGAAAUACUAAAUCCUUUAUCUUAUGAUGGAGUCUUGUGAUUGCAUUGACACCCAGUGGCCUCCUGAUGAACUUCUAGUGAAAUAUCAGUAUAUCUCAGAUGCGCUAAUCGCAUUAGCUUAUUUCUCUAUCCCAUUGGAGCUCAUAUAUUUUGUGCAAAAGUCUGCAUUCUUUCCUUACAGAUGGGUGCUUAUGCAAUUUGGUGCUUUCAUUGUUCUCUGUGGGGCAACACACUUCAUCAACCUUUGGACGUUUUCGACGCACUCGAAGACGGUGGCCAUGGCGAUGACUGUUGCAAAAGUUGCUUGUGCUAUUGUUUCGUGCUCGACUGCAUUGAUGCUUGUUCAUAUUAUUCCUGAUCUUUUGAGUGUCAAAACUCGAGAAUUGAUCCUUAAGAACAAGGCUGAAGAACUUGACAGGGAAAUGGGACUUAUUCUUACUCAGGAAGAAACUGGAAGGCAUGUUAGAAUGCUUACUCAUGAAAUAAGAAGCACACUCGAUCGAGAUACGAUAUUAAAAACGACGCUUGUCGAGCUGGGAAAGACGUUGGGGCUUGAGGAAUGUGCUCUGUGGAUGCCAUCACGGGCUGGCAUAAGUCUACAGCUUUCACAUGCCUUGAACUAUCAGAUACCAGUGGGAGCUCAUAUUCCUAUAAACCUUCCUGUUGUGAAUGAUGUUUUUAAGAGUAAUCGAGCCAUACGUGUUCCCUACAACUGCCAAUUGGCUAAGGUCAGGACUCCAUAUUUGGCACCUGAAGUUGUUGCUGUGCGAGUUCCUGUCUUGAACCUUUCAAAUUUUCAAAUGAACAAUUGGCCUGAUGGCUCUUCCAGGAGCUACGCUAUAAUGGUUUUGAUUCUUCCUACUGGUAGCGCUCGGAAAUGGCGAGAUCAUGAGUUGGAACUUGUCGACGUCGUCGCAGACCAGGUAGCUGUAGCUCUUUCACAUGCUGCAAUUCUCGAAGAGUCUAUGCACGCCCGCGAUCAGCUCGUGGACCAAAACGUAGCAUUGGAUUUAGCUCGAAGAGAAGCAGAGAUGGCAGUUCACGCUCGUAACGACUUCUUGGCUGUCAUGAACCAUGAAAUGAGGACGCCAAUGCACGCAACAAUCGCUCUUUCGUCCCUACUUUUGGAGACCGAGCUGAGUCCAGAACAAAGAGUGAUGAUAGAAACAAUACUUAAGAGUAGUAAUCUUCUAGCCACACUGAUUAAUGAUGUCUUGGACCUUUCCAGACUCGAAGAUGGUAGUUUGGCAUUGAACAUAAGAUCAUUCAACCUCCAUGCUAUUUUCAAAGAGGCAAUGGAUCUUAUCAAGCCCAUUGCUUCGGUUAAGAAGCUGUCGAUGGCGUUGAUGUUGGCCUCGGAUUUGCCCGUCUGUGCCGUUGGUGACGAGAAGCGACUUAUGCAAAUCAUCUUGAACAUCGUCGGUAAUGGGGUGAAGUUUACUAAGGAAGGUCAUGUUUCAAUCAUAGCAUCUGUUGCAAAACUCGAGUCUCUGAGAGAUUGGCGCGCUCCCGAGUUCUAUCCGAUGCAGUCCGACCGCCAUUUCUACCUCCGAGUUCAGGUUAAAGAUUCAGGAUGUGGUGUUCUUCCCCAAGACAUUCCUCAUCUGUUUACCAGAUUCACUCAACUACGAACACGAUCUAGCCGAACAAAUGGUGGGGUUGGACUCGGAUUGGCUCUUUGUAAACGGUUUGCAAAUCUCAUGGGAGGUCACGUAUGGAUCGAGAGCGAUGGCCCCGAAAAAGGUACGACAGGCGUGUUCAUCGUCAAACUCGGGAUCUGCAAUGCUAAUCCAAAUGACUUAUCAAUCAAGCGAGUCGCCUCCGUUGUAAAUCACAGAAGUGCAGAUCUCCAUGGACACAGACCAAUCUUCAGAGAAACCGAUCAAGUCACCUUUUCCAGUUCGCGAUAUCAAAGAAGUCUCUGAACUUCGAUGCACAUUCUGA